AUGAGCGAACUAUUUGAAGAACAGCUCAAAUCUCUGGUGGUAUCAUUCCUCCUCACUCAAUCUCCUGUCAGCAUGCGUACCAACUCCCCGGCAGUCACUAAAAAGUCCGUCCCCUCGACCCCCAAUCGUUCUUCAAGGUCUCAGCUUUUUGGACCUUCCUCCCCUCCUCCUCCUGUCCGAACUUAUGGAAGAAGAUCGAGGAAUCGUUCGCAGCCCAGUACACCCUCCCAAAUCUGCACUACUUCAUCUUCGAGUACGCCUUCACGCCGUAAUGCUCCGGCCUCAUCUACUUCGACUGCACCCAGUCUUCAUCUUCCCAGCUUAGCGUUAGACUAUGAAGAACCAGUUCUCCUUCCGGCUACACCUCCGCAUUCUCUCAACUCUGCCGCAUCUUUCUCGGGCUCUUCAGGUGCAAUUGCUCACAAUGUCGUUGAUGCGCUUGUGUUGGAAUCCAACGAAGAGGAUGAUGUGGUAUUCGUUUCAAUGAAGUCUUCUCAGUCGCAGUCCUCCCAGGAUAUUGGUUUGAGUGACGAAUCUCACCAGAAUGACGCCGAUCUAGCAAAUGCUCUCAAGGUGGCAAAGAAGAACAUCCAAUCUUUCAACGAUGCUGCGAAAGUUCGCAAUGAAUGCACAUGUUGCCUUGAAGUAAUGUAUCAGCCUUUUAUGUUGUCCGACAUCUAUUUCAAAGCCAGGUAUAAUUUUGCCUGCCCCGAUUGCCGCACGAUUCAAGGCCGUUUCACACCUAUCCCCAACUAUUCCUGUCAACGCAGUGUCGACGACAUGCUGGAGAUGAAAGGCAUUCCAACUCCUUUGCGUGAGCCGCUGCAAUGGCCGCGUGCAUUCCAAUCCAGGCCUCCAUCACUUCCUUUUGUUUCUCGUACUGGAACAUAUCCCGUUUCUCCUCCCGUCUUUGCGCCUGCUCCGUUUCCCAUUUUCGUCGAUGAUGAUUAG